AUGAAGCUAGUAAAUUUUUUAAAAAAAUUGCGCAAUGAACAAGUAACUAUAGAAUUGAAAAAUGGUACGACAGUUUGGGGAACCCUCCAGACGGUAUCCCCUCAGAUGAAUGCCACUCUAACAGAUGUCAAAUUAUCACUACCUCACAACAGUUCACAUGGUGUAUCGGCUGGCCCCAUUGCUAUGGCUUCCGUAUAUUUAACUAAUGGCGAAACGAGUACGGAUUCAUCCAGUAAUAGUAAUGCUGGAAGGACUACUUCUUUACAAUAUAUCAAUAUUCGUGGGAAUACCAUUAGACAGAUAAUACUACCUGAUUCCUUGAAUUUAGAUAGUUUACUUGUGGACGAGGUACAACUAAAUAAGUUGAGGAGAACAGGACAAGUAACAGAUGAUAGUAACAAGAAAAGGAAAAGAGAGUUUGGUGGGAAUGCCGCGAAGAGAGUAAAAAGGGCACUCUGA